AGGUAACAUCUUCCCACCAACUUGCUGUCGAAGGAUGAGUUUAUCUCUCGACACUCAUCUCAAGAAAGAGCGACCGCAGUUGAGCCUCGCUGAUGUACAUUAACAACAACACUCAUUUCUUUAAAUGUCAAGGUGUCUUCACUUUAAGACUGCUGUUUGUGCACAUCGGGGCACGUGUUCCCAUUCCAGGGAGCGUCUCGUGAUGUCAGUGACGACAAUGAAAAUAUGUUAUGUAUUUUACUUCCUUCUUCACUGUCGCUAUAAAAGAGAGGUCCUGGUCCAGCGUAUAUUUGAGCAACGCAUCGAGCGAUCCCAGCGAAGCCAUGAGUCAUGGCGAGUGCGACUCUCAGUGAGAGUGUGGAUAGUGAGCUGUGCUGCUCCAUCUGCCUGGACACGUUCAUCUGCCCCUCCACGCUGAGCUGCGGACACUCGUUCUGCCUGCGAUGCCUCGAGGCCGCCUGGGAGACGGCGAGCAGCUUCAGCUGCCCGCAGUGCCGAGCGACCUUCGCUGUGCGACCCCAGCUGAGGAGGAACGUGGCCCUCGCCAACCUGGCAGACCAGCUCAGAGUUGGAGACGGGAUGGCCGCGGCCGUCGUUUGUGACAUCUGCGGUGAUGGCCACACUCCUGCAGUGAAGACUUGCCUGAGAUGCGAGACGUCCUACUGUGUGUCGCACUUGAAGCCUCACUUGGAGAAUCCCAGGUUGAGAGAACACCUCCUGGUGGCUCCCAUCGCCAACCUGGAGGAGCGACGGUGCCGGAAGCACAGUGAAGAGCUUAAAUUCUACUGCACAGUAGACAGCAGCCUGGUCUGCUCAACUUGCACCAUCGCAGGAAAACACAAAGGACACAAGGUCCUGACGCUGAAGAAGGAGCAUGAGACACGGAAGACAACUGUUGGGGAGGAGACGCGAGCGGUGGAGAAGAAGAGGAAGGAGGCGGAGGAGGCCGUGAAGCGGAUGGAGGCAGCUCGCAAAGAGGCGCAGGAAUCUGUGGACGGGAUCAGGAAUCGCAUCACGGGCAAGUUCGCCCGCCGAAGGAAGGCUCUGGACGAGGACGAGAGGGAGGCUCUACGUCGCGUGGCCGUGAAGGAGCGGGAGCUGCUGUCCCGGAUAGACGAGGACAUCGCUCGUCACAAGCGGGAGAUUGGCGAGCUCCAGGCAGCGGCCGCUCGCCUACGUGCUCUGCAGCAUGAGAGGGACUCGCUCGCCUUCCUGCAGGUGGGGAGCGCCUCUGUGGACACGCCGUUUGGGUGUCCAGAGCAACAGAGCGGGCAAUGGCAGGGAGGCUCGUGGUGCAAGGGUAGAGACGUCACUCAUGAUCUCUUUCUCUUCCACAGGGGCACCUGGAGGAGACGCGCAGAUGGACGCUCACCGACUCUGGACACAAACUCAGCCCACGACCACCUCCAGAUUUCCUCGGAUCUCAGGACGAUGACGCGGAGCAGUGUCCCCCAGGGUCGCCCCCAUCACCCAAACCGCUUUGAUGUCUGGCACCAAGCCCUGUGCUCUGAGAGCUUCUCGUCGGGUCAGCACUACUGGGAGGUGGACGUGGGGAGCGCGGAGGAGUGUCGUGUUGGAGUCGCGUACGAAACGAUCCAACGGAGAGGGCGUGGUGCUGAGUGCGGCUUAGGAGGGAGCGACGUCUCCUGGUGUCUACUGAAAUAUGGUGACAGCUUCUUAGUGCGGCAUGGCGGGGUAGAGACCUCACUGUCGGUAUCGCAGCUUCCGCGAAGAGUCAGGGUCCACCUGAACUGUGACGCGGGGCUGCUGUCGUUUUACAGUGCCGACUCCAUGGCGCCGUUGCACUCGUUUCACCAAACAUUCACUCAGCCCCUACACCCUGCGCUGUGGGUGGGGUGGAGGUGGUUGUUGUUGGCCGGUAAAGUUGGUGGCUCAGUGAGGAUUGUGGAUCUGAGUGGUGCGUCCUGAGAGAGGUGAACGUGAACUGCGCAGAGGGCAGACGCCACGACGCACGGCGCUCGCCACCCUCGUCACCGUCACGCGCAGCGCCACGCCUGUGACUGGUUGGUGGCUGU